CUAAUUGACAGCCAAGAAACAUCUGCAGAAAAUAUCAAAAUACAGUUAACCAAAAAAGGCCAGUUGAAUAAAUAAAUCAGUUCAUGAUUACCACGUCUUCUUCCUUUUUCUUUACCAUUCCUUCAAUCCAACUCCACUCACCUCAAAAAAUACAAAUAUAUUUCCCCACAAAUUCCCCCCAAAGACCAAAUCUUUCCUCAAUUCAAUCCCACCACUCGCAAAUAGAUUCCCCAACAACCGAUUUCUUGAAUUAAAAAAAGUGGGAUUUCGGAAAGAUCCCAGCUUUGGUUGAUCUAUUCAACUAUCGUUGCAAUGACAGAGGUGCUCCACUCCCCCUCUUCCUCCUCCCCCACUCCCAUAUCCACUCCCACCCACAAUGCCACGUUGUUUCACCAGACCGAGUUUGCUGACGAGCUAGAGAGAGAGGAGGAUGAAAUUAGGGUGAGGGAGGAGAGAGAGAAAGAUAGGAGAGAUCAGUUGUCGCUUCUAGCACUCCUGCUGACCCUCUUUAGGAAGAGGUUUCGGAUGGCUUGCAAAGCGGAUAGAGACAAUUUCUCUAGCGGUGGUGGUGGUGGUGGGGUUAUGGAGAUAGGCUGGCCCACCGAUGUGCAGCAUGUUAACCAUGUCACAUUUGAUAGGUUUGAUGGGUUCUUGGGCUUGCCUGUUGAGUUUGAGCCUGAGGUUCCAAGGAGGGCUCCUAGUGCUAGUGCCACUGUUUUCGGAGUUUCUACCGAAUCCAUGCAACUUUCUUAUGAUCCGCGAGGCAACAGCAUUCCGACUAUCCUCCUCCUUUUGCAGAGGAAUAUGUAUUCCCAAGGCGGCUUGCAGGCUGAAGGAAUUUUCAGAAUAACUGCAGGAAACAGCCAAGAAGAGUAUGUUCGGGACCAAUUGAAUCGAGGAGUUAUCCCCGAAGGCAUCGAUGUGCACUGUUUAGCUGGCCUGAUCAAGGCUUGGUUCCGGGAGCUCCCCCGAGGGGUAUUGGAUUCUCUUUCUCAUGAGCAAGUGAUGCAAUGCCAGUCGGAAGAGGCUUGCGAUGAACUAGUCCGGCUUCUACCCCCGACUGAAGCUGCACUGUUGGACUGGGCGAUCAACCUAAUGGCCGAUGUCGUCCAAGAGGAACACAGGAACAAGAUGAACUCACGCAACAUCGCCAUGGUGUUUGCUCCCAACAUGACUCAGAUGGCCGAUCCAUUGACGGCAUUGAUGUACGCGGUGCAAGUUAUGAACUUCCUCAAGACUCUAAUAGAGAAGACUCUACGAGAAAGAGGCGACUGUGUCGUCCAGCAGGCCUCCACGCCCCGCACGAACCCUUCUGACGACAAUGGCCAUCAGGCCUGCACGCAGGUCCGCCACAAAAACCCUGCUGAAUCACACGAAGAGACGAAGCAGACCUUUGUCGCAGAGGAUCCACAUUCAAGGCGCGGCCCACGAUCCAGCCAGGUCGAAAACACAUCCGAUGAGGACUAUUUCAGCCACUCAACGUCCACCGAGGAAUCCAAUGGAAGCGUGUCUUGUGGAACUCCCGCUGCUCAAGAACACAAAGCAAGAGCUGCAGCGAAUGUCCCUGAGAAUCAGCUAGAGGAGAAGAAGACGAGCAAAACAAGCCAACCGAGCAACUCUAACCAGACGAGAUCCAGAUCAAGGAAUGAAGCCGCGGACGCUGCAGCCACUAAAGCCGGCCACCUGAGCAAGGGCGUCAGCAACCUCAGCCGAAUAAAUUCAAUAACAGAGCGAUGCGAAGCGUGGCGUUGAACGAAAGAAGGUCCAUGGUUUCUUAUAACCUCUCAUCACUUAGAUUCUCAAUUCCCACACUGUGUUUGUGUGUUUGUGUGUGUGUAUCUAUUUACUAUUCUGCCCUUUUGUGUUUAACUUCAUCCAAGUUUGUAUCUAUUGUUAGAGAGAGAAAAAAAACAGUUAAACUGCAACUGAGAUGUCUUUCUUCACUGCAAGGCAAAGGGCGUGUCGAAAA